AUGGCGGGGGGCAAUAAUCAUAAAGAGGGUAAACCACCCCCUGAUAAAAAUAAUAUUAAAGUAGUCGAUCUCACAUACAAUGAUAUGAUGAUAAAUGAAGAUGAGUCCAUAGAAAAUAAUAUUAAUUCUCAAACUCAACAUGAUAAACAGAUUUCAGAUAGAUUAAAUAGAAUUGAUUUGAAAAAUAGAUAUAAAACAAAUAGUAACGGUCCAUUUUCAGUUUUUGUGGAGCAUAAAUAUUUAAAUUUUGGUAGAUUGCAUCCUCUCAAAAUUGGUGAAAAAUUAUUCAAUCUGAAUGGCGAUGAAAAUAAUAUUGAUUUCUUGCACACAGUUGGUCGAAAUAGGGUCCAGAUUAUGUGUAAAUCCGCUAUAAGUGCCAACAAAAUAGUUGAAAAUCAGGUAUUUGAAAAGAAAGAAAUUUUGAAAAUUUUGAAGUCGUCAGUUCCAAUUAAGGCAGUGCAGAGGAGAUUUAAAUUUGUUCUCGAUAAGGAUGGCAAUAAAGUAAAAGUUCCUAGACAGCAGAUUAUUGUAACUUUCGAUAAUUUAGUCCUGCCACAAUUUGUUUAUAUGUACCGAUUGAGAUACGAAGUUGAUACUUGGUACUCUUCGGUCACUCAAUGUUAUAAUUGUUUAAAUUUUGGUCACACUGCUUCCCAGUGUAAAAGCAAAAAACGAUGCAAAACCUGUUCUAAAAUAUUAAAUGACGAGGGACUGUGUACUGAUUGUGAAAUUUUUUGUGUUCAUUGUAAAGAUAAUUCUCAUAUUUCUACUAGUAAAAAAUGUCCUAAAUAUAACAAUCAGGUUAAAAUUAAGCAGGCGAUGGCAAAUCUUAAUGUAUCCUUUAAAGAAGCCGAAAAAAUUGUAGAUAACCCUUCUUAUGCAAGCCUUGUUUCGAAAAAUAAAUUUGCUCCAUUGUCUUCAAAAACCGAUUUUCCUGAAUUACCACCGAACUAUAGAAAUCAAUCUAAUCCCCCAAAUUCAAAAACGACAUUUGUAGCUCAUCCACAUUCCAGCAAGUCUAUUCCCUCUUCCAGUGUAUAUGAAAAUUAUAAAAAACGGAAAGUCAGUGAUAGAAGUCCUUCUUUUGAACCCGUUAGCAGAGAAUUUGAUUGGUCCUAUACAGGUGCACCUUGGAUUGAGUCUCAUCAGAUAAACACUAAAAAUACUUUUGAAGGUCUAAAGGAUAAAAUAAUUGAAGAUUUAACUUGUCAAAUAAAUAAUUCAAUCAGUAACUUUUUGUAG